AUGUCCACUCCAGCCCCCGCCGUUCAGAGUUGGGCCCUUCCUGUCGGCUUUCCCUGGUCGGUGAUCGACCCGACCAGCUUUUCACAAGCACAAAGCCUUUUCUUCCUCCUCAACAACCGCUGGCGACUGGCUAUAGACACUAGUUGUUCAGGAGACAUUGACGUAGCCGAAUGGAUGGCCGGGUGGAGCUGGGAAAUGGCCAUCACACCGAUGGUGCGUAAGCUACUCGCCAUGCAUGGCUCGGCAACCGUCCCCCGCCAUGUAGCGGCGGUCAUGUGCGGCCAGAAUGUCAUCCCGGGGACCCCCCUUUCAGUUGACGUCAGCGCCACCGCCCCAAAUGAGAAGUUCCCUAUUUGCGACGUCACGCUCUCGUACGGCGUUGGAGAUCAAUGGUGGAACAGGUGCCGCCGACCCUCCCCCGACACCUCGACUCCGCCCACGGCUAUGCCUCCAAUGGAACCCCUUGCCCUCCCUGCUUCUGACCCAACUGGCAUUGAUCAUGCGAAACCGCCUGCCCAACCCCAGCUCCUAUCCCCUGGCGGAAGGCCCGCCACUAGGAAUGCCCCGAGAUCCUCUGCCGCCGGCCUCGUUGACGCCGCACAGCCAUCCCACGGUGACGCCGAGAAUGCUAUUCUACGCCCGAAUCCCGCCGCUGGCCCACAGGACACAUCUGGAGUGACGUUGUGUGCUCCUAGCAACCUCGGCAGUGGACUGGCGCGACAUACAGUCUCUGUCGGCGACGACAAGGCGUCAGCGCCCAGUGGCGAUAACGAUUCCGCUGUCGGCGGCGACAAUCCAGAGAUGACGCCUAGGCCAUCACGACAAUCUGACCGCCAGAAGAAACGUCACGAGACACAAAGUAUUCCGCCACCGGAUGGUAGCGUCGCCGCGUCGAAAGUAAAUGACAAGCAGGCUGGGAAACGCAAAGCGAUGCAUAAAAGCCUCAACGUCUCUGAGCCUGGAGGUUCUUGGAAUCCUUCCGAUGACACACCCCUUGAGCAGCUGCCGUCUAUUGUUCCCACGACUUCGGCGAGACCUGCGACUGGGGUCGCCGCCGACCAUAUGGAUAACACGCUGGACACCCUUCGUGUGUCCCAAUCUCUAAAGUCUUCGAUAGAUGCGCUUUCAACAAAUGCCGGCACUCCGGAGACCUUCGGCAGCGCUCUCUACGACUACAUUACCAAGGGCGAGGCGACCACUACGUACUCAAAGGAACGGCUUACAAACUGGAUGGACGCGAUUAAUAGGCAUUUGUUGACACUAGGCGAGCGUUCUAAGGAGAUAACCCAAGUGCAAGACGGGUUCGCUGAUCGUGUCACUAACAUAGAGACGACUCUGGCUAAAAUCGCCAACCGCCUGGAUGCCCUUGAGAACCCCAGUGGCACAUACGCGGUGCCCGCUGCGCCCCAUGCUGCUGACAACGCGUCAUUGCCCGAUGGCGACCACCAAAUGGGUGAUGUCCCAAGGCCGGCGGCUUAG